GGUGGGGCUGAGCUUGCAAUUGUGCCCUCUACAAUGCCAAUGUGAAUAUGUCGGGCCCUGUUCACACUGGAGAGGGACAGAAGGUGACUAAGAAGUUCCUCUCUGAGCACACUGAUGGCUUGGUUGUUGAUUUGAGUCUGUGCUUUUUGCAGGAAAUCCCCGUCAAUGAACUGACCCGAGCUUCUAAUUUUAAUAGACUGGAUUUAUCUCAAAAUAAAAUAACCGAAGUCCCAUCAUCAUUUUCUUCUUUGGCGUUUCUCAUCGAAAUCGACUUCAGCAAAAACAACAUCUCGAGUCUCCCUGAGAAUUUUGGUGAUCUGCAAAAACUCCAAAAGCUCGAUCUUUAUGGCAACGCUUUGAUCACAUUACCUUACAGCUUUUCGAGUCUCUCUCGUCUCAAAUGGCUGGACUUGAGAGAUAACCCCCUCAGGGAGGACAUUGCGAAAGCAGCUGGAGACUGCACUAAUGAAAAGGAAUGCAAGGAUUGUGCUAAGAAGGUUGUAAGGUUGAUAUCUCAAUUACAAAGAGCACACGAGGAACAGAUUGAGGCUGAGAGAAAGGAACUAGAAGCUCGGCAGCACAAAAAGGAAAAGGCUCAGCAAAGAAAAAAGAGAAUUGCAAAAAAGCUGAAGGAGGAACAGAAAGAGAAGAGAAGAGCUGCUUGGAUGGAAAGAAAAGAGACAGAAGAAUUAGAAAAUCAAGAAGAUGAAGAGACCCAAGACACUACUAAAGAAAUCAUGCAGUCUAAGCAGAGAGGAUUCAAAAGAUGGGGUUGUCUACUUUGUAUAACAGUUUCCAUAUUGGCCUCUGGUGCUAGUGCCUGGCUAUAUCAACUACGCAAUGAGCAACUUUAACAAAGAAAUUAUUUUUUGUUGCUUUUAUGGAUACUUUUCAGCUUAAAAUUGCAAUAAUGGUUGCGCAUAA